GGUUCUUUCUGGUUCUUGAGUUUCAGACCACAGUUUUGCUCAAAUUCUAAAGCUAUUUUGUCUUUAUUCUUUUGAUUGGCUUAUCGAUGAUGAUGAUACCACCUUCAUUGAUAUACUUUUGAUCAUUCUGUAAUUUACACUCUUGACUCUCUUUUCUGGGUAUUUUUUGGGAACAGUGAAGAUGGCUUCUCUUCAUCUCCUUCAACCUCUCCACAGUCUCUCAUCUUCUUCCACCCUCUUCUUUUCACAGCCAAGUUUUCAUUUUUCAUCAUCCCUCAAACCUAAUAUCUCAAAAAGGCACAAUCUUUCGAAAUCCUUGACUCUCCGAUUCGCUCUUACGGAAUCAGAUUCUACUCAACCUUUAGAAACAGAAACAAGUCCUAAAGCCCUUCUUCUACAACUCUCUAAAAGUUUUGAUCUUCCAUCAGAUUACUUCCAGCAGUUACCAAAUGACCUUCGUCUUGAUUUAAAUGAUGCUGCUUUUGAUCUCUCCAAUGGACCAAUCAUUGAUGAGUGUGGUCAAGAGCUUGGGGAGACAUUACUGAAUCUCUCUCGUGCUUGGGAACAAGCUGACACAUCAACUUCUCGUAGUUUAGUGGAGAAACUUCCGGAACUGGAAAAUUCAUUAACAGGUGGUGCCAAAUCAGCCUUUGGGAGACGCCUGAUAUCUGCAGGAAAAAGAUUCCAGGGGAUGGGACAAUAUGGUAAAGGUGAAUUACAGAAGAUUGCUAAAGCGAUGAUUACAACUGGAAAAGUCCUAUCUGCAAAUACAUCAUCUGCUUCAGUCAGUAAUGAACCCAACUCAGGAACAAGGAUGCUUAAGUUUGGGAACCUUCAAGUUGCUGUGACUCCACAGAAAGCAUACACUGGAGCUGCCAUUGCAUUCAUCUAUGGGAUACUUUCAUGGCAAAUCAGUCAGGGGAUCCAAAGCAUACCAGAGAACUCAUUGCAGUAUGCAAAUGACAAUGCAUUGCUAAUCGGAAAGUCUUUGAGAGGAUCUCUUCUAGCUCUGUUUUAUGCCUCAACAGUGUUGUCAGGCUUCACAACUGCUGGUCUUAUCUUACUCGCUAAGCAGCUUUCAUCAGAAGAGAAAGAGUGAAUCCCUUGAUGAUUACACAAUUCCAUUUCAGACAUCUGUUAGAAUCACAAACACUCUGAGGUGGUCUCUAAUGUCAAAUAAUGUAUCUACUGUAGGAAAGUUUUCUUCUUUCUGUCUGUCUUAAACCUGUGGAAUGGGUUGAGUGUAUAUUUCUUGUAUAGAAAAUGAAGAAACAUUUGUUUUUUUUGUUAUGGAAGUUUGUGAUAACUACAUGCAAAAGGUUCAUUUCUCCCC